AUGACGUGUAAACCAGAGCGUGAGGCUAUAAUUCCUUAUAUGAAAUAUGCAACAAACACUGGACGAACUCGCCAGAGGCUAACGAUAAUUGAAUAUGUUGCUAAAAGUGGACUUUUCAAAGCGCUCCAACUGCGAAAUGCUUGUGAAAUGAAAAUGGGUGUAAAACGAAAAGAUGGUCAUUAUUUUUUUGUAGAAGAAGUAGUUUGGAUGAUGGAAGCUGGUCUGGCUGUUGUUGUCCAUGACAAUGUUCAGUUAUCCGUACAGCAGUGCUAUGGGUUGCUUUGCUUAUUUCUCAUCAAACCAGCCAAGUACUUUGUUUUUUCAUACUUGAAACGUGCUGGCUAUGUUGUCUUCCCCUAUAAUUCUUCGCAGAUGCGUGCAGAAAAUUUGAGUGAUAAGAAAUGGAAACAUUCACCAAAACCUUAUUUCCCAUCACAUCUUCUAGAUAAUUUUCCGACACUCAAUUCGAAAAAACAAACAGUUUCUCUUGCUCGUUGUACUUCAAAACUAGAAAUAUUCGGUAUAGCUGAAAAUUUUCCCAUUUCAAGAAUCGAAACAUUUAUUUGGAAGAACAGUCUAAGAGAUAACAAAGAAUUUCUGAGGCCCAGUUACUGGCCAAGAUUUGACCAUUUUUCUAAUUGUGUUCCAACAUGGACGGAAUAUCGUAUUCAGCGGGCAAAGAUACUGCGGAACUUCCCUCUUCAUAGUGUUGCAGAUUCAGUUGAAUUACCAAUUGAUUAUGAUGUGUAUAGUGGAAGUGGUACUUUCUAUCGCAAUACUUUAUCAAGACCAAUUUAUCGAUUACUGGUUUUGGACAUGCUUUUUCCAUUUCCCUCUAGUUCGGAGUUACAUUGGCUGAGUUCAAAGGUUGUUAGCGGCAAGUUGCUCAUAGCUGUAGUCGAUCAAGGUUCUGUUGUUUUCUACAAUGUGAACCAUGAAAUUGUUUCUCUUGAAGCUGCUCAAUCAUUUGGAUUAUAA